AUGGAGGCCUACUUCUUGUUCCACAGCAGCGGGAGGGCGCACGCGGCGGCGCUCGAGGCCGCGUGCGCGGAGCAGGAGGAGGACAUCGGCUCGCCGUCGGACUCCGAGUCCCCGUCCACGUCGAGGGAGUCCGCGGGCUCCUCCUCGUGGGAGCUCGACGACGACGCCAGCUCCUCCUCCGGCUCGGACCCGGACCGCUUCGAGAUGUCCGCGCUCAUGACGCAGCUCCCCUUCAAGCGGGGCCUGUCCAGGUUCUUCGACGGCAAGUCGCAGUCCUUCGCCUCGCUCGCCGCCGUGGGCUCCCUGGAGGACCUGCCCAAGCCGGCGGCGCGGAAGCGCCUCAAGCCGUCGCGGAGCUGCGGCGGCGCCCUCGACGCGCACAACCGCGGGCGCCUCCUCUCGCCGCGCAGGCAUUGCACCAAGCCCAAGCCCGCCACCAGGAAGCAGGCGGCCGCGAGGAGCGGCGCCUUGUCGGUGCUCGCGGCCGUCGCGCCCAGGAUGCCUCCGCCGCCGCCGGUGAUGGCGAGGCCUGAGGGCGUGGCCGCCAAGGUUCUGAUCGUUAAUUGA